AUGCCGGUGCCCAGCAGGCAUGUCGGCAUCGGGCGCUCUCAGAGCUGGGACGCCGCCGGCUGGUGCGAGGACCCCUGGGCGGCGGCCGAGGCUCCGGGCCGCAGCGGCCCCCUGGCAGGUGGAGGCCGCGAGGGGCCCUGGUACGAGCCCGCGCCCGAUGUCUGCCAUGGGGUCUUCUACAGCGCGGUGGCCGGCAGGAAGAGCUCUGUCCCCGACUUCACCUUUUACGACAGCAGGCAGGCGGUGAUGGCCACGCGCGGCACCCUGCUACCGCAGGGUUACUACGGCGACCCAUCUGGAGCCGCGCAGGUGCCCAGAGAGCCGCGCCAGCACCGGGACCCCGCAGCUGGCCGCUCCCUGGCCGGCUGCGGCGUGCUUGGCACCAGGGUGACGUGGGAGCAAGUGCAAGGCCGGGCCCCUGCCCUGCGGGAUGCCGCCCACCUGUGCCGGGACCCUGCAGGUAAAAUGACGGCUUCAGGGCAGCGGGCGCAGAGCGGGGCCUCGUCGCCCUCGCGCCACGCCGGCGAGCCAGCCCACGGCAGGUACCGGGCAGAGGCGGCAGGCUAUGCCGCUGGCCAGGUCUACAGCGACAUCGGUGUUGGUGAGAGGCCCGUGGACCCCGCCCCCGCCAGGCAGGCGGCCCCCACGUGCCUGGUCGUGGACCCCACUAACGCCGCUGCCUUGGAAGAUGGCCCGGGGACGGUGCCGGGCGCCCUGAGUCGCGGCUACGGGCAGGAGAGCGUCCCCACCAAGAUGGCCCAUGAGAGCUGCGAGGCUGACCUGUCCUGCUUCCAGGAGCCCAGCAGCACGAGCGGCGUGCGGCCCGAGUUCCUGGCGCUGCUGCGGGCCGAGGGUGUGGCGGAGGCCACGCUGGUGGCCCUGCUGCGGCAGGGCUUCGACUCCCCCGCCGUCCUGGCCACCAUGGAGGACGCAGACAUCAAGUGCGUCGCGCCCAACCUGGGCCAGGCCCGCGUCCUGGGCCGCCUGGCCAGCAGCUGCCGGGCCGAGAUGCAGCUGCGGAGGCAGGGCCAGGCGGCGCCCCCACCCCGGGCCCGCUCCAGCAGCUUCAGUCACCGCGACGAGCUCCUCGGCGACUGGUCCUCCCUGGGCGCCCCAGGCCUCCCGCCCCAGGCCCUGGGUCCCCUGCAGGCGGCCCCCACCCGAGCCGGGGACCUGGCGCGCCGCCCCUCCAGCGCCCCCUCCCAGCACCUGCUGGAGCCGGCAGCCACCUACUCUGCCCCAGGGUCGGGUGCCCACGCCCCUCCCUUCCCCUCCAACUCCGGGUACAGCUCUCCCGCCCCGUGCGCCCUGACCGUGCGGCUGGGCGCUCCGUAUCCCCCGCAGGCGGGGGUGGCCCUGACCAACCCGGGCCCCAGGACGGCCUACUCCACGGCCUACACGGUGCCCAUGGAGCUGCUAAAGCGGGAGCGGGCCCUGGCUGGCCCCCCCGGCGGCGCCCAGCUCCUGCAGAAGUCCAGCGUGUCCGCCGAGCCGCCCGCCCUGCCGCCAGCCAGCCAGAGCCUCCACAUGCCUCACGCGCCCUAUCAGAAGGUGGCCCGGCGGACGGGGGCCCCCAUCAUCGUGUCCACCAUGCUCGCCCCGGAACCAAGUAUCCGCCCCCAGAUCAUGAACGGCCCCCUGCACCCCCGCCCCCUGGUGGCGCUGCUGGACGGCAGAGACUGCACUGUGGAGAUGCCCAUCCUGAAGGACCUGGCCACCGUGGCCUUCUGCGACGCGCAGUCCACGCAGGAGAUCCACGAGAAGGUGUUGAACGAAGCCGUCGGCGCCAUGAUGUACCACACCAUCACCCUCACCAGGGAGGACCUGGAGAAGUUCAAGGCCCUGAGAGUGAUCGUGCGGAUAGGCAGCGGCUACGACAACGUCGACGUCAAGGCCGCUGGGGAGCUGGGGAUCGCCGUGUGCAACAUCCCGUCGGCGGCCGUGGAGGAGACGGCCGACUCCACCAUCUGCCACAUCCUCAACCUGUAUCGGAGGAACACGUGGCUGUACCAGGCGCUGCGGGAAGGCACACGGGUGCAGAGCGUGGAGCAGAUCCGGGAGGUCGCCUCGGGAGCAGCUCGCAUUCGCGGGGAGACGCUGGGCCUCAUCGGCUUCGGUCGCACAGGGCAGGCGGUCGCUGUUCGAGCCAAGGCCUUUGGAUUCAGCGUCAUCUUUUAUGACCCCUACUUACAGGAUGGGAUAGAGAGGUCCCUGGGUGUACAGAGGGUCUACACCCUGCAGGACUUACUCUAUCAGAGCGACUGCGUCUCCUUGCACUGUAAUCUCAACGAACAUAAUCACCACCUCAUCAAUGACUUUACUAUAAAGCAGAUGAGGCAAGGAGCGUUCCUGGUGAACGCAGCCCGCGGUGGGCUGGUGGACGAGAAAGCCUUAGCCCAGGCCCUCAAGGAAGGCAGGAUACGAGGGGCGGCUCUCGACGUGCACGAAUCGGAGCCUUUCAGCUUUGCUCAGGGUCCCUUGAAAGAUGCACCGAAUCUCAUCUGUACCCCCCACACAGCCUGGUAUAGUGAACAGGCGUCACUAGAGAUGAGGGAGGCUGCCGCCACGGAGAUCCGCCGGGCAAUCACAGGUCGCAUCCCAGAAAGCUUAAGAAACUGUGUGAACAAGGAAUUCUUUGUCACGACCGCUCCCUGGUCAGUAAUAGAUCAGCAAGCAAUCCACCCGGAGCUCAAUGGUGCCACGUACAGAUACCCGCCAGGCAUCGUGGGCGUGGCCCCCGGCGGACUCCCUGCGGCCAUGGAAGGGAUCAUCCCCGGAGGCAUCCCGGUGACUCACACCCUCCCCACAGUGGCUCACCCCUCCCAAGCGCCCUCUCCCAACCAGCCCACAAAGCACGGGGACAAUCGAGAGCACCCCAACGAGCAAUAGCAGAGGAUGACAAACGGUCAGCUAAACCUGGGACCAAGAGACAGUGACCUAGAUGAACUAAGAGGAACGGAGUGUGAGUCUUUUUAACUGACCCUGGACAUGCGCGCCAUUGACGUCGCGGUGUUAAAACUACAAAAGAGCUAGAAGCUGAGACGUGGGAAAACGGAAGCUGCCUCCUACUUACGGAGGCCCUGAAAGACUAGGACGUGAUUUAUUAACGACCAACUUCUGUUAUUGUGUGUUAAUUUUUUCAUCUGUGCAUCAAAUCACAAAGAAUAAAUAGAUCUUUUUCCUUUAUCAGUCCCUCGGGCACAGCAGGUCCUGAACACCUUGCUAUAUAGAAUGUUGCGUCGAGAGUUCCAAACAUCAAAAUAAAAGUUGUAAGAGGCCAUCCCCAUCCUGUGACUCUGGUCCCUUCAGUCCAUGGGGGCUGGUUACCUCUUUUGCAAAUAGGAAAAUUAAAUUGCUACAAAAUGGGGAGAAAACUGUCUGCCUGUGGUGUUAGACAACUUCACUGCAAGCACAGGACUGAAGACGGUCCAGGCUCCCGUACCAGCAAGUCUCCCACCUGAACUGCACACUGAGCGGGCGAGUUGGUUGUGAGUUCAGUGAUAUACCCUCUAAUGAUGCAAAAAAGAAAAAAAAAAGUAUUAAGUUUCACAAGCUGUUUGUACUCAAAUAUAUUUUCUCAGUUCAGAUCCUCAGCUAUUUUAUUGAGUGGAAAGUCUUGAACUGAAAGGGUUCAAGAAGAAUAAUGUUGCAUUUCCUUAUGUCUCAGGAAACACUUUUUAUGGUAACUUGUCAGAUUGUCUAUGAACAAACCCACUUUUUUAGACAUUGAUAAAGUCUUCUUUUCUUCACGUGAUAUUUUAUACAAGAACACUUCAGGUGUGUUAUUAGAUGUGACUGAUUUUAACAAAUCCUAUUAGAUUUGUAUCAACUAGUUACAUGUUAUAUUCAUAGUCUUUUGUGAAUCAUCGCUUUUUGUUUAAAAGAUGGCCUAUUUUGAGCCUUUGUAUAGGUACAUUCCUGUUUUUGUGACAAAAACCUUUAAAACUGUCCCAACAGAAAAAUAAUGGCUAUCAGAAAUGUUUUGUUUUAGUGUGAGUUACCGUUACUGUAUUUGUUUAUUGUAAAGGUGGACAUUUAGCGUUCAGUGCAGUUUUCAAUAAAAAGUAAUAAAAAUUUCUGUUCUGAAAUUCAAGUACAUCUCACCAAUGUAAAAGUUCUCUACUUGAGAUGUUUGAAGGCAACUGCAUUUUCAAAUAGCCAAUUUUCAACUCUCGUUAUUCCAGGGUUCAAACAUUAAGUCCUUUCUAUCUGCCUAGUCCAUGACCAGACUCAAGAAUGCUGGCAAUUACCUCCUGUGAUAGAGUUUGACCGCAAAAAUAAGCCCAUCACCAUCAAGUCGUGCCA